AUGAUUUCAAAAAUUCUAAAAUUAACAACUUUAAGAUAAAAAACAAUAUAAUAUAAAAUUUCAAAUACAAUUUAAUUAACAGAUAUAAAUUAAUGGUAAACAGAAGUAAUUGAUUCCAAACUUCCUAUAGUAUUAGAUUGUUAUGCAGACUGGUGUGAUUCUUGCAAAAAAUUAACUCCUAUAUUAGAAAAGUAAGCUUUGAAUUCUAAAGGAAAAUGGAAAUUAAUAAAAAUAAAUAUAGAUAAAUUUCCAUAAAUAGCUUAAGGUUUACAAAUAAAAUCCAUUCCAGCAGUAUUUUUAGUUUAAGAUUAGUAAUCAAUUGAUGGCUUUGUUGGUUUUCCAGAUUAUUAAAUACUUUAAUAAUUUUUAAAAAACAUAGAAAUUAUAUCAUGCACGAAUCCUAUUGAUGAUGAAGUACGCGAAAAAAUGGCACUUGCCCUAACUUUUUUGGAAAAUGAUAUAUAUAUAUUAAUAAGUCAACAAUUUAUUCAUGUUUUAUUUUAUUAAAAAAUGAAAUAAAAAACUAUUUA